AUGGGCAUGCCCGUCCACCGAGCCGCUGAGGGGCGCCCACCGUAUGACGCCGUCUUCGACAUAUAUGGCGUGUCCGAGGGCGACAGGAAGAGCAGGCACGUGCUAUACGAGCGCCGGAUGCUCGUGGAGUGGGAGCAGCACUACAAGCGUAUCAUCGAGCGGCCGAGUCCCGUCGAGCAGCUGCGUGACGAGGGCGGCUUUGAGUGGGUGGGGCCGUGGCUUGACACCCUCAGCACCAUCCGCGAAAGAGAAGCCUGAGGCCGCGGCAGCAGGAGAGGGGCACGCUGGAGGAGAUCAG